CUACACCUCGCAUUUUCUUUCUGAAGUGUAUCAUAGCUUCUCUUUUCUUUGUUGUUCCCCGUCAAAUUGAAGUAGUCUCGCUCAUGAUAAUAGAGAACCAGCAAGUAGCUGCGAAACCACCGAGCUUUUAAAAGCAUCUAAAAUCUUGUAGCGAUCGAAUUUUCAUCAUGGGUAACAUAUUCGGUGCACCGACUCCACGACCGGCUGCACGACCAGCUCCACAACCAGCUCGACAGCCUGAGCCGCAGAGAAGAGCAGAAUAUCAUAGACCAAGAUACCAAGCGCCAGAAAUCCUCGACAUACAGCCGCCACCACGCAACGUACGACCAGCGAAUAUAGGUGCCUUACAAACUCCACGGUGCCUACAUUACACAAGAGAAAUCUGCGGGCAAGGAAACUACUGUCCUUUUGUACACGAAGGCGAUGCUCUUCAGCGUCAAACACCACGCACACAUCCAAAUUUACAACGCCCUACCUUGAGACGUCCUAUAGAAGAGAAUAUUCCACAGGCACGAAAGCCGUGUCGGUAUUUCGCACAAGGUCGCUGUUAUAAGGGAGCCCAAUGCCGAUUUUCGCAUGAGAAAAAUAGGGCUACAAUCGCAGAGAAUCAGGAUGACCAGUUCAAUAGCAAUGAUACAUAUGAGCUUGGCGGCGCCUGGGUGAAAUUCGACAAAGGUGCAACAGUAUCUACAGUGUCUUUUCCCUCAGACUACAGAUACUCGGCUAUCAACAUGCAAAAUCUGCCGGCAAAUAGUUCCAGGGUAUUAAUCAACGAAUUACUAGCAGCAGCGGGAACACCGACGUCGGUGAUUGAUAUACGUAUCUUGCCGCAGAGGGAGCAAAACACUUGCAACGCAAUAAUCAAGUCCAGUGAUACUUCAUUCGCCAAGACAGCUUGCAGCAAGUUAAACAUUCUCGCUUUUUUUCCAGACUUCAAAGCUUCCGUUGUGCCUAUCAGAAUACCAGUCAGCCAAAGCCCAUAUCAAGUUGAUUGUCGGAAAGUUCACUGUGCCUGGGAUCGGCCAAUGCGAGAAGCAAAUCUAAUCUUUGGAGACAAGUCUACGGCUCUCAGCGCGCAAAAAAAUCUCAGGGAAAGAGGCUGUAACAUGCUUGGACCUAAAGUUAAAGCAACUUACCAAGGUAAUCAGAACGGUCAAGGAAAAUGGGUAGUGAAGCUUAGGGGCUUGAGCGACGCGACAAACGAACAAGACAUCAUCAAGGCUAUUCCCAAGUUCACUAGACCCCCAACUGUCCAACUCGGAGGACCAAGCUAUGUUUCCGAUCCAGUCCGCGACUCGGCUGCUGUCAAAUCUAUGCUAUUAGAACUUGGUCCGUUAGAACGAUGGAAUGUAUCUCCCGAUACUAAAGCGAGGCGCUUCAACGCAUAUGCCACUUUUCUUCACGAGGCAUCCGCAAGAGACGCCAUGUCUACCCUAAAUAAUAAACCACUGUCAUUCAGCGAGACGACAAAACUCUCGGUGAAACUUGCCGCAUCUGUCAAGUUCAAAAUACAAGUUAAGAUUUACAAUAUUGUAAGUCCACAAAUCGACAAGCAGAAAGCAAUCUGGGCGCGGCAGUACAUUAGCGCUUUCGAAAUUCCGUUCAAGGGUCCAUUUCGUAUGUUAAAACUAGAAUGCGAAAACCACCAGUUACUGGUGCAAGCUAAAGCAACCCUUGAGAAAAUUAUCAGUGGACAUAUCGUUAGAAUGGAAGGAAAAGACCUCCGCUGCGGAAAUUUUCGACAAAAUGGCAAAGAGUUUAAACAGAUCAAAUCGAUAGAGGACUCGUUCAAAGUGGUUAUCGUCCCUGAUAUACGCAAAUCUCAAUUCCGAAUUUUUGGACAGGAAGAAUGCUCACAGUCAGUUUUGGAUGGAAUUACGACAAUGUUACAGGAAUGCACGCCUGAGGGCCAUAUUAUUGAGCUCAAUGAUGCUGAUUUCGUCUGGGCAUCAAACGGCGGCCUUAGAUUUCUCAAAUCGCGACUAGGUGAAGGAAAAGUGUCCUUCAAUGCCUUCGCGUCAAAGAACAAACGAAUUUCUAUCCGAGGAUCGAAAGCAGACUAUAAUAAUGCCAUGGCUAUCAUUGCUAGCAGGCUGACUAUGUCGAUCAAAAAAGACUCCAGCUCUGAGAUGGAAUGUCCGUCUUGCUUCUGCGAAGCCGAAGACCCGAUCCGCAUGUCUUGUGAUCACGUCUAUUGCAGCGACUGCUUUAUCCAGAUGUGUGAAGCGGAGAAGACGGCAACAAGGGAGUUUCGCAUUUGCUGCGUAAAAGCCACGAACUCUAGUGGAGCAAUCUGCCAAAAGUCUUUUUCGCUAUCGGAAAUCCAAGAGCAUCUUCCUGCGGAAGCGUUUGAGGCCGUCCUCGAGAAAUCUUUCGAGUCUUAUGUCAGUCGCCAUCCGGACGAUUUCACAUACUGCCAAACACCCGACUGUGACCAAGUCUACCCAAUUGCAUCUCCUGACUCUGACCGUCCCAGUACAUUUACAUGCAAGAAAUGCUUGGUGUCCAUUUGCACAUUUUGCCAUAGCUCGCAUCCUGGCAAGCCGUGUGACAAGGCUAAAAGCAUUGCUAAAAGCAUUGCUAAAAGCAUUCUUAGCGAUAAGACGAAAGAAGCACUUGGUAUUAAAUCCUGUCCUAAAUGCUCAAUGCUGAUGGAAAAAAGGGAUGGAUGCAACCAUGUGACUUGUAAAUGCGGCGCACAUGUUUGCUGGGUUUGCCUUAUGUCCUUUAACGAAAGUAAAGCGUGCUACACUCAUAUGACCGAUGCACAUGGUGGAUAUUAUGGGAAUUAACUUCACGAAAACUUUGAGCUUUCUAGAUUGUUCGUACAGGAGAGGACAAAGUGGCACAUAUGGAGCCUGUUGCUGCGAGAACUGAUAUCAUUUUGACUGCGUAUCAUUUUCUCUCACAGAUUUCUAUACAUCCAUUGAAGAAGACUGCGAUAUAACACUGCCGAAACAUUGGAACAAAUUUAGAUGGAAUUGAAUAGAAACUCUC